AUGGCGUUGCCCCCAGCGAGGACGUUGUCUGACUUCAUGCCCAGUAGCGGCUUGUCCCUGGACCCGGAGAUGGCGUUGCCCCCAGCGAGGACGUUGUCUGACUUCAUGCCCAGUAGCGGCUUGUCCCUGGACCCGGAGAUGGCGUUGCCCCCAACGAGGACGCUGCCUGACUUCAUGCCCAGUAGCCGCUUGUCCCUGGACCCGGAGAUGGCGUUGCCCCCAGCGAGGACGCUGUCUGACUUCAUGCCCAGUAGCGGCUCCGCAGGGAGCCAGCACCUGUUCAGGGUCAGCAAAACUGCUUGGGACCUUAUCAACGACUACUUAGAACAGGAAACAAACCCAAUUCGCCCAGUCACAGUAUACGCCAAGAGAAAAAUAAAGGUUAACCAAGAGUCACAAUCUGAUAUUGAUGUUACCCCCAGUUCACAUAGAAUCAGUAUACAUACAUUAGACCAGAGUAUUGACUCUACACAUGGCGGUAAUAUUAGCGAAAGUGAGGAAGUCGACGCCGCAACAAUAUCACCCACCGACCGCUUCCGGGCCGAAGCGUGUACAUCUCAAAACGAGGUUUCGAAAAAUCGACGACAUGUGAAUGCCGAGGCCGCGGCCAGGUCGGCCAAGUCCAUCACUCACCGCCACCAGAGCAGGAGCUACGUCCGCAAGUACCCCGCGCACACCUGGGCUUCCAAAUCCAAGUCCCAACCGUUACCCGCCCUCGACCACUCUGACUCCACGGGCUCAUCCUUAGACGUCACUGCGGCCGUAAAGUCACUGGGCGAAGCAUUGGCAGCAAAACUAAAAGCAAUAUUAUAUUCAGGCACUUCCAAUCGUAAGCGCAAUUAUCAUCCACUUUGCAAGCCGCCCUGCAGGGAGUUAACUUGCGGCGAACGUUCUAAAUGUAAUGAGCAACUGAACCAAAAUACUCCUACGGAAGUAAACACUUCCGAGGCUCCCAAUCCUGCAGAACCACAAACACUGCCACUUGUACCUUCAUUAUUUAAAGACAAGAACUCGGAACCAGGUUUACCAGAGCCACCUGCACAAUCACCGACUUGGAAAGACUCAUGUCCGGAGUUAAAAAAAUGUAAAAACAAAGCACCUCCAGUCACCAGCUGCCCAGGUUGUUCUAAAGUCAAGAAUUCGGAAUCAGGUUUACCAGAGCCACCUGCACAAUCACCGACUUGGAAAGACUCAAGUCCAGAGUUCAAAAAAUGUAAUAACAAAGCACCACCACUCACCAGCUGCCCAGGUUGUUGUAAAGUCAAGAACUCGGAACCAGGUUUACCAGAGCCACCUGCACAAUCACCGACUUGGAAAGACUCAUAUCCAGAGUUAAAAAAAUGUAAAAACAAAGCACCACCACUCACCAGCUGCCCAGGUUGUUGUAAAGUCAAGAACUCGGAACCAGGUUUACCAGAGCCACCUGCACAAUCACCGACUUGGAAAGACUCAUAUCCAGAGUUAAAAAAAUGUAAAAACAAAGCACCUCCAGUCACCGGCUGCCCAGGUUGUUGUAAAGUCAAGAACUCGGAACCAGGUUUACCAGAGCCACCUGCACAAUCACCGACUUGGAAAGACUCAAGUCCAGAGUUCAAAAAAUGUAAUAACAAAGCACCACCACUCACCAGCUGCCCAGGUUGUUGUAAAGUCAAGAACUCGGAACCAGGUUUACCAGAACCACCUGCACAAUCACCGACUUGGAAAGACUCAAGUCCAGAGUUCAAAAAAUGUAAUAACAAAGCACCACCCCUCACCAGCUGCUCAGGUUGUUGUAAAGUCAAGAACUCGGAACCAGGUUUACUAGAGCCACCUGCACAAUCACCGACUUGGAAAGACUCAUAUCCGGAGUUAAAAAAAUGUAAAAACAAAGCACCUCCAGUCACCAGCUGCCCAGGUUGUUCUAAAGUCAAGAAUUCGGAACCAGGUUUACCAGAGCCACCUGUACAAUCACCGACUUGGAAAGACUCAAGUCCAGAGUUCAAAAAAUGUAAUAACAAAGCACCACCACUCACCAGCUGCCCAGGUUGUUGUAAAGUCAAGAACUCGGAACCAGGUUUACCAGAACCACCUGCACAAUCACCGACUUGGAAAGACUCAAGUCCAGAGUUCAAAAAAUGUAAUAACAAAGCACCACCACUCACCAGCUGCCCAGGUUGUUGUAAAGUCAAGAACUCGGAACCAGGUUUACUAGAGCCACCUGCACAAUCACCGACUUGGAAAGACUCAUAUCCGGAGUUAAAAAAAUGUAAAAACAAAGCACCUCCAGUCACCAGCUGCCCAGGUUGUUCUAAAGUCAAGAAUUCGGAAUCAGGUUUACCAGAGCCACCUGCACAAUCACCGACUUGGAAAGACUCAAGUCCAGAGUUCAAAAAAUGUAAUAACAAAGCACCACCACUCACCAGCUGCCCAGGUUGUUGUAAAGUCAAGAACUCGGAACCAGGUUUACCAGAACCACCUGCACAAUCACCGACUUGGAAAGACUCAAGUCCAGAGUUCAAAAAAUGUAAUAACAAAGCACCGCCACUCACCAGCUGCCCAGGUUGUUGUAAAGUCAAGAACUCGGAACCAGGUUUACUAGAGCCACCUGCACAAUCACCGACUUGGAAAGACUCAUAUCCGGAGUUAAAAAAAUGUAAAAACAAAGCACCUCCAGUCACCAGCUGCCCAGGUUGUUCUAAAGUCAAGAAUUCGGAAUCAGGUUUACCAGAGCCACCUGCACAAUCACCGACUUGGAAAGACUCAAGUCCAGAGUUCAAAAAAUGUAAUAACAAAGUACCACCACUCACCAGCUGCCCAGGUUGUUGUAAAGUCAAGAACUCGGAACCAGGUUUACCAGAACCACCUGCACAAUCACCGACUUGGAAAGACUCAAGUCCAGAGUUCAAAAAAUGUAAUAACAAAGCACCACCACUCACCAGCUGCCCAGGUUGUUGUAAAGUCAAGAACUCGGAACCAGCUGCCCAGGUUGUUGUAAAGUCAAGAACUCGGAACCAGGUUUACUAG